AUGAGAAAAGGCGAUGAAGACAAGUCCCCUGAGCGCGAUGGGUUCAAAGGCAAGAGCAAGAACAAGUGCCAGGUCGAUCCGUUCGACGCCGAGUUCGACCCAAGUACCUAUUCCGAUCCCAACUACAACGCAAAGACCGACAAAAAACCCCUGUUUAACCCUGGGGACGGCGGACGGUGA